UAACAUGGAGUGGAUAUGGCGCAGGAGUGGAUUGGUGGGCAUUUGCCAUCAUACUGUGCAAAAUGGCCACCAGAAGAUCUCCAUUCUAUGAAGGCUCGGUGAUGGAGAACCUGCUCAAUUCAGUGAUCAAUGAGCAGCCUGUUUUUCCUGAGGGUCUCAGCGCCGACCUGCAAGAACUUCUGCAGGAGCUCCUAGAGAAGAAUCCAGACAAGCGCCUGGGCACGACAGGAAAUAUCAGGCAGCACCAGUUUUUUAGAGCCAUUGACUGGAGAGCGUUGGAGAGCAGGAAGAUACCACCUCCUUUCCUGCCAAGAGCAAUAACACCUGCUAAUGUCAGUGCAGUCUGUAACGAGCCACCAUCAUUCUUAGAGGAGAUGGGCUGUAUCAACGCUACAGGCAGCACAACAGUGAUUCAGGAUCUUUCUUUCCUGAGUCCCAAUUGGGAAGUAUAACCUGCUCCAGACAAUGAGAAAAUUUUGGGCCUGAACAUCGCCCCCCUGCCUCUGGCCCCAACUAUUGGCCCCUGUCUCAGGCCCUAUCUCUUGGCCUAACCAUUAGCCUCUGUCUCAGGCUCUUUCUCUUGGCCUAACCAUUGCCCCUUGCCUUAAGUCCUUUCUUUUGUCCUUAACAUCAGCUCCUUUUUUAACAUCGGCCCUCCCCCUCGGGCCCCCAAAAUCGGCCCUCCGCUCUUUUUUAGGCCCCUAACAUCGGCCCUCCCCUCUUUAGGCCCUUAACAUCGGCCCUCUUUAAGGCCCCCAACAUCGGCCCUUUUAAGGCCCCCAACAUCGACCCUCCCUUCUUAAGGCCCCCAACAUCGGCCCUCCCCUCUUAAGGCCCCCAACAUCAGCCCUCCCCUCUUAAGGCCCCAACAUCGGCCCUCCCCUCUAAAGGCCCCCAACAUCGGCCAUCCUCCUUUAGGCCCCAAACAUCGGCCCUCCCCUCUUAAGGCCCCCA